UCGGUCGAUCCCAUUGGCGCAUGGAACCAUCGUCUCUCUGCCCAUUUCAGCCGGCGAUGGUCACUGCAGCGACGCGUGCUGCGGCGGCUCCGUUCGUCGCCGUGCGCCGCGGCGAAUGCUUCUUCGUGCCACCGCAGCGCUGGAGGAUGAGGCCGGCUCGCGCUGGCCGGUGGCCGGGACGGGCGCGGGCAACUACGGAUCCCAAGGCGUCGUCGUCGCCGGUGCAGGGAGGAGGGCCGCCGGAGCUGCCCAGGUCGUCGACCGCGCUGAGGGUGGUGGGCGCCGGCGUGGCGCUGGCGGUGGCGCUCGGGGGCGUGUCGUGGGCGGCGGCGCGCGGCAGGGGCGCCGCCGCCGGCCCCGUCCCGCCGCCGGCCCUAGUGCUGUGCGACGUCCUCAACAACAACGCCGCCGCCGGCGCGCCGAUGAAGAAGCGCCUGGUCGAUUUCAUGGAUAAUGAACUCUCGGUCGUGAUGCGCAGCAGCGACAUGCUCAGGAAUACGGAUCCCAGGGACAGGGAGAAGAUUAUGGUGGGCCGGGAGGAGCAUUUCUCGAAAACCGGCAACGCUGACGAGGGCUUGAAGCUCACUCAAGCAUUGAUCCUUCUGGGAAACUGGAGGAAAGCAGAAGCUACUUGCCAGAAGCUCACAAACCUCUACCCCGAUGACCCGAAGCCCCGCCUUAUAUCGAUCGUCAUCAACGUGACGCAGGUAAUGGAAACCUUGCUCUCUACAGACCCUACCACCACCCACAAUGACAAAGAGGAGAUGGCCAACAAAAUAAACGAGAUGACCAAGAAUGCCAUUAAUGACGCAUGGAAGAAAUACAGGAAGUGAUACAAGACUGUAUCUGUGAAGCAAAUAAAACUGCUUCCUGACAACUGCUGCGAUGAACCUUUGUCUCCAGCCCAUGUGCUUCUAAAAGUUGCUUGUCAUUCUUUUUUGUUGCUGUUGUUGUUGUUUCAAUUUCAAUGCUUCUGACAAAGGAAAAUCUAUUUGUAGAAUGUAAAACAAAGUACAAAACAUAUAUGUCCUAAGCAUUGACAUCA